AUUUUGAAAUUUACUAAAUGAAACAAGGGAAAACCAGAGCCAGUGAGUUGCUAUUGAGGAUAGGGAGGAGGGGGAAAAGAAUGGCAGCAACGAGCCUUUUGAAAGGAAAGUGCGCCGGCAUCAGCGUCCGUCAGCUCUUCCCCUUCGCCCACCCGCACCGCCCUCUCAAUUUCAACCAAAUCAAUUCCGCUGUCAAUCACAAUUACCACCACAUCCGCAUUCGCCGCGGAAAACUCACAUUAUCACCAUCACCAAGACUCGCCGCCUUGUGGAACUCCUCUUCUCCCUUCUGCACCGCCGCCGACGCUUCUGCUGCUGCUUCUGCCUCUGCUUCUGAGGUAGUGAGCGAUGCUGCUGUGGUCGACGAGGCAGUGCCCGUGAGCGAGGUUGUUCAUGAACAGAAGAAGAUAAAGGAUGCAGCCGACCUGCUCGACAUAAGGGUUGGCCGAGUCCUUAAGGCGUGGAGGCAUGAGGAGGCUGAUUCUCUUUAUGUGGAGGAAGUCGACGUUGGUGAGCCCGAACCCAGAAUCAUCUGCAGUGGCCUUGUCAGAUAUAUUCCUCUUGAUCACCUUCAGGAUAGAAAUGUAGUUGUGCUUGCUAAUCUGAAGCCGAGGAACAUGCGCGGCGUGAAGUCUAAUGGAAUGCUUAUGGCAGCUUCUGAUGCUUCCCAUGAGAAUGUUGAGCUUCUCGUGCCACCUGAGGGUUCACUCCCUGGUGAAAGAGUAUGGUUUGGCUCUGAAGAGGAUCACCUAAAUCAGCCUCCUGCUGCCUCGCCUAACCAGAUUCAGAAGAAAAAGAUAUGGGAAUUGGUGCAACCUCAUAUGAAGACCGACAAUUCUUGUAUUGCUUCACUUGGGGAGCAUGUAAUGCGGACAUCUGCAGGUGUGGUAAUCUCAACAUCUCUGAAAAACGCAAACAUCUCCUAAUUGGACCAGGAACGUCGUGUUAUUAGUCAGUCUCUCACACAAUCUCAUCAACAAUUUAUCCAUACUGCUAUAUGAUGACUCUCAACUGAUUUGUAGAAAUUUGGUGUCAAAUGGUUUAUAUAGUUUCCGAUGAUUUAUUUGGUUGUUCGUUGUUUUAUGUAUGCCUAUUACCAUAUUUCAAGGCUUAUCAUGCUUAAUUUCUUGUAAUUUUAAUGAGAACGAGGUUGUGUUUUCACUCUUGAUUUGAUUUCUAAAGCUGCGGCCUAGGUCCAAAUAUUGCAACAGAAUUUGUUUGUAGCUCAUCUAUUGAAGUCUCGGGGAAUCAUGGAUUGUUCUUAAUUGAAAUUAAUCAUGAGAUUUGUGAUCCA